AUGGCUCGUCCAUCUUCCUCCUCUUCACUGUCAGAUACAACAAGAUCCUCCUCGCGUGAUAGUGCACGCAGCAGCUGUGCGGCAACGGCUUCGUUCUCCUCGCCACAGCCGCCAUCACCACCUUCACAACAACAACAACAACAACAACAACAACAACCACCCACAAUUUGCUAUAGGAUCCGCAAAGCCACCCCCGACGACAUCCCCUACCUCCCAGACGUCGAGCGCUCGGCGGGCGAAGUCUUCCGUUCCAUUGAGGGUCUGGAGUCCUUGGCCGACGACGAUCCCAUGCCGGAGGAAGUACUGCGGUGUUAUGCUGAGGCGGGAUGGGUUUGGGUUGCUACCGUUGCUUGGGAUGAUAGGAGGAAUGGAGGUAAGAAUGAGGAAGAAGAGGAGAAUGAGUCGGUGCAAGAGGUAGUGGGGUUUCUGGCCUGCUUUCCCAUCGUGUCACAGCGGCGACAGGCACAGGUACAGCCUCAGCAGCUACCCACUCCACAGCGACCGGAGGCGGAAGGCACAGAAUCAGAGACUCAAGCGUACCUCCACAUCGCCGAGCUCUCGGUGCACGCCUCGCACCAGAAGCGCGGCCUGGGCGGCCGCUUGCUGGAUACCAUGUUCGUCGAGGUCGCUGAGGGGCCGGUCGUAUCGUGCGCUACUAUUGCCGUAGGCGGUGGCGAGGAGGAACAGGGUGACGACGAGGAAGCGCUGUCACAGAGACAGGGACAGGCAUGUGAUGCAGAACAUGGUGGUGAGGGGGCGCGCGGGCUCGGGAGCGACGAAGAUGGCGGUGAAGAUGAGGCGGAGACUGAGGGUGAGACUCUUGGAACGCAAAGAGGGUGGCGGGCGAGGAGAAGGGUCAAGGCAAGGAUCAGGGGCUACAGCCUGACGACGUACCGGCACCUCAGCUUCAACAGGCCGUUCUACGAGCGGAUAGGGUUUCGGGAAGUGAGCGUGGGGGAUAUUGAGGGGGUGGUGGGGGCGAGGGGGAGGGAGUUGUGGGAGCAGGAGCAGAGGAGUAUUGUGUUGAGGGAGACGCGGUGUUGGAUGGUGAGGGCGUUGUCUUAG